CACAGUGGGCGGAAAUCCCGAAAACGUGGCCAAAAGUCGGAAAAUCAAAUUUAUUAUUUUAGAUUUAUAACUAUACAGCCUUAUAGGAAACAUCUCCGUGCAUGUAAUGGCAAAAAAAAGAGGCUAUCUUCCAUAUCUAAUUUUCUAUCUCAGUAUGAAAUUGCCCUUCGAGAGAGUAGCACUCGCUGCGUAUAAAUACAAGCGAUUUUCGGUCGAACGAGUGUAACUUUCGACAGGAGUGUUAUUUGAUUGCAACUGCGGAAUGGAGGGUGUUCCUGGAGGUAUGUAGAAUAUUUCUGUUUUAAUUUUUUAUUUAUUUAAGCUUAGCAUGUAUUUAAUUUAAAGAUAAACAAUUGGUGUCCAUAAAUUGUGGAUUUUGUGAAUUAGAUCUAUAUUCAACGGUGGCAAAAGUUAAAGAUCCCGUAAUAUCUCGUGUAGUUUCAAGUACCAAUCUUUAGUUUAAAGUGUUACGCGAUGGAAUUUCGCAAAUUUGGCUGCGGCAACUUGCGGCACGCGUUGUAUGGUCAUUUUUGCUAAGUUAGAUUAGGUUACUGAGUCGAAAAUCUGUUAAGGGUCGGCAGGAGACCCAGGCAAACUCAGGUGCACUUUAUGCACUAAGUGCACGUUAAACUGCACUUUAACUCCGCAGCUAAGCCAACCCGACAGAGGUAUCCACCGUGUCUCCUGCCGACCCUUAAAAGUUAUUUAUAUUACAGGAUCACGAUCGAGUGACGAUCAAUUCAUACAUACAUAUAAGGACAUAUUUCUUAUAAUGAAGAAUACCCUGCGAAUAAGCUUCAACGAACAGGUUCAGCAUUUGGAGGAGAGUUUGACGGCGAAGAAUAAUUAUCCCUUUAAAUUAAACUCAGAUGACAAGGCCACAAUAUCAAAGCUAUUCCACAAAUUUCGAUCAAAAUGGCAAGAAGCUUCAAGAAAUCUCAAAACAUUUGUACACCAACAAGAGAAUUGGCUAAAUAACUCAAUAUAUUUGCCAGUGAUUACCCUGUAUUUUUUUAAAUUUGUAACAGCAAGAUGUUUUAUUUAUAUCUUAUUUAUAGGUAGACUGUCAUGACAUGUCAUUCUGUUGAAUUACCUCUAUACUAAAUUGACUAUAUUUUUUCCAGAAUGCUUUCGCACCUAAAAUAUCAUCGACAAGUAAGUUUGGUCGUCCUUCCAUGGAGUUUACGACAGCUAGUGAGCGAUCGAAGCGAAGAAAAACCGCUGAAAUGCGCACAACAUACAGCACUGAGGAGUUAUCCUACGCAACUCAAAUGAAGCUUCGCUCUUCUGGAAAACUUGAUGCUGCCAACAUUGUAAAGGAAGUGACUACAUCGAGCCCAACGAGAGCGUCAAAGUACAAGGCAGCUUUUCAAGCAACCUCAAACGUUGCAAUUCCUAUGUCAGAUGAUGCCGCUCUUUCAGUAGUCGUUGAAGCGAAAUUAACCAAGAACCAGUACUCGCUGAUCAGACAAUCAAUGAAGGAGCACCACUGCAAUCUUUACCCGCCUUACGAUAAAGUGUCGCAAGCCAAAGUUCGGUGUUAUCCACCUCGUUCAGAUGUAACAAUAACUGAAACCAGUGCAGAAGUCAAAUUGCAAGCAUUAUUAAAUCAUACUGCUGAACGCAUUUUGCUCGUGCAAAAUGACGUCAUCAAAAGUUUGUUGCAGGAAACCGUGAAACAUAUGAACCUUAUAUGUAAGUGGGGUUGUGAUGGAAGCUCGGGGCAAAGCGAGUAUAAGCAAAAGUUCGCAAAUGAGAACAGCUCAGACGAACAUGUAUUUCUCACAUCACUCGUUCCUUUGCAACUGUUAUUCGUCGACUGUAAAUCAGACUCAAAAAUAGUUAUCUGGAAAAAUCCGAGGCCCUCGUCUCCUCGAUUUUGUAGACCGAUAAGGUUACAAUUUCUUCACGAAGACGUGCAAUCGAUUGUGAACGAAAUGCACCAUAUAGAAGAGCAAAUAAAAUCUCUUGAUCCAUUCAACACGGUUGUUGAUGGGAAAGAGAUCUCAAUAACUUACGACAUGAUUUUCACAAUGAUAGAUGGGAAAGUAUGCAAUGCAGUUACGUCGACGAAAUCAACUUUGCGUUGCUACUUAUGCGGAAUUACGUCAAAGAAUAUUAAUAACCUCGAUCUUGUAAAAAAGCAAAAAAUAGACAAGUCUAAUUUGCGGUUCGGAUUAUCAACGUUGCACGCGUGGAUCCGCUUAUUUGAAUGCUUGUUACAUCUGUCCUACAAACUCGGGAUUAAAAAGUGGCAAGCACGUAGCACAGAAGAAAAGCAAAUUACACAGGACCGAAAAAAAAUUAUUCAGAAAGGCUUCAAGCAACAGUUAGGACUCAUUAUCGAUCGCCCAAAGCCCGGAUAUGGCAGCACUAAUGACGGGAACACAGCUCGGCGUUUUUUUAAAAACACAUCGGUGUCUGCUUCAAUAACGGGAGUGGAGGAAACUCUAAUAAAACGAUUUCAUGUGAUUUUACAGACAAUGUCAAGUGGCCACGAUGUAAACGUCAAAAAAUUCGAACAGUAUGCCUUAGAAACUGCGAAAUUAUUUGUAAACACGUAUCCGUGGUAUCCCAUGCCUAUUACGGUACAUAAAAUAUUAAUUCACGGACCGCAAAUCAUAGAAUCGGCCUUAUUACCAAUCGGACAACUAUCUGAAGAUGCGCAAGAAGCCCGUAAUAAAGAUAUAAAAAAAUAUCGUGAAAGCUUUUCGAGAAAAUGUUCCAGGACGAAAACUAUGGAAGAUGUUUUCAAUUGGUUAACAGUAUCUUCAGAUCCUUAUAUUUCGAGUUUAAGGAAGUUGCCGCAAAAAAAAUUAAAUUCUUUUUUACCAGAGGCUGUAGAACUAUUAGUGGCUCCGAUCACCUCUCCAAAUGUCGAACGAAACUAUUCCGAUUCGGAAGAUGAUUCCGAAGACGAAUCUAUAUCUGAAAUUUUGUAAAAUUUUGUUAAAUAUAAGUCGGCCAUAUUUAAUUUGCCAUUUUGCUUUUCGUUUUUAUUUUUGAUCGUAACUUGUGACCUAAAAAACGACGUAAACCCUUUUGUAUCAAUUUUUAUGCAAAUCGGAAAACUUUAAGACUUUUGGCCACGUUUUGGGGAUUUCCGCCCAC